UCCCACCAUCUUAUUCGUCACCGUCAGUCAGUUCUGAUAAGUGUCCGGUAGUACGUGGUUGUGUACAUCUAUAAAUAGUUUCAGAUUUGCAGUUUUUAACAUCCUGAUUACCCAAAACAAAAGCGGAGUUUAUACCAUGUGGCCUCCGGUUAGCGAGCUUGUAAUGCCGUUGCCGUCUACUACAACCGAGGUCACACAGAAUGAUAUCCAACCAGAGCUGCAAGGCAGCCCACAAACUGUCGAUUGUCGUACAAGAGACAGACUUAGUAUUAGGCGUUCGUUGCGUCGGGUAGCUCGCACUGAACCUUUGUACAGGAGAGCGAACGACGUCAGACAGCAACCUUACACGAUCAGCGUCACUCAGCGGCACAGCGAGCCGGCUACUACGGCCAUCCCGGACCAGGACGAGACUUUACAAUUAGGAAUAACUAAUGACGAUAUUCAAGCUGCAGGAAUUCUUAUGUUAUUUUCCAAGAGCCAUGCAGUCCAAGGUGGCGAAAUAAGCUCGCAUCAAGAGGAUCCCGUUAAUCCUACAACACAAAGCGCAAUGUUGUCAAAUAACAGUGCAAUGUCGCCUAACGACUGCACAGCUCCGACAAAUUGGUUGCAAACAUUAAGAAGGCAACCGCGGCAGAGACUUUUGCGGGUUCUUCGUAAUUUAUCGAUACCGCCAUUUGAUUUACCGCGCGAGGGACGGGGUUGGAAGAGCGACGUGAACGUCCACUUGAUGAUGUCGUGCAUGAUGGUGACGCGCGUGGUGCCGAGCGUGCCGGUGCCGCUGGUGCUGCAGCAGGCGAUGCACGUGGCGGGCCAGCUAGUGAACCUCGCGCACCUCAAGAAGAUGCCCAAGGAGCAGGACAUCUGCUGCGCGGACUGCGGCGCGCUGCCCGCACUGCCGGUCACGGGCCAGUGCGGACACACCCGCUGCAUACAAUGCAUCAAAAGCAAUUCGUCUUGUACGUGCGGCGAGCCGGCGCCGGCCGAGCUGCACGUCGAUACCUGCGUCCAACACCUCAUCGGCAAAAUACUAUCGAACAAACAACCAUCCAGGGUUGCCUUGAGAACAUCGGAGCGACCACCUGUUAGAGGACAGCCACUGCAUGAUUUUGUCUGCGCGAUUCUCGGCAGGGUUAUACAAGAGAAUUGUCAAGCAUUGGCACGCCGUCGUACAGUUGCACAACGCUUGUCGCGUGGCCUUCGCGUCUCACUUACCAUCUCUCCUGAUAGCUUCACCGCGCCCGACGUGCCGGCGCGCUUGCCAAUGACCCCCCAGGCGCGCGUGCUGCACGCGUGCGAGCUGAUCCGGCGGCAGCGGUACCUGGAGGCGGCGGCGCACCUCGCGCGCGCCGCUACCUACGAGGACUUUGACGUCGCCAGGAAACUGCUCGUGCAGACAAUAGCGAUUCUGCUGGAGGAGCUGGCGCCGGAGCAACUAACCCGCGAGCUGUCGGCGGCGGUGGGCGGGCAGGCGGCCGACACGUGGCUGACGCCCGCCGACCUGGAGUGCGUGCUGUGCCGCGACACGUUCGUGGCGCCCGUCACCACGCCGUGCGGCCACACCUACUGCCGCACCUGCAUCGCCUGCUCCAUGGACUACAGGAAGGCCUGCCCGCUCUGCAUGCGCGACCUCACCAACUUUAAUCUCGCUUUGACUCGGCCAUCGGGGUUCGUAAGCGCAGCGUUAGCGUCCAUCAACUUGCGGCCGCCGCCGCCGCCGCCACAUGAUCCCAACGUCGUGCCGGUAUUCAUCUGCGUCACUGCGUUUCCCAAAGUGCCGUGCCCGCUGCUGAUCUCCGCGCCGCGCUACCGCGUGUUCAUACGGCGGAUCCUGGAGUCCGGCUCGCGGCGCCUCGGCAUCGUGGCCAGGAACGAGGACCACACAGACUCCUACGGAACGAUGUUGGAAGUACGCGACUGUGUAGAGUGCGGAGACGGGCGGAUCAUCUUGUCCACGAUCGGCGUUUCACGGUUCAAAAUUGUUGAACGGCUGAUGGACAGUUGCUUGGCCAGGGUGGAGACUCUGACCGAUAAGAUCCCCGAAGACCACUUCAUCAUAGGUAUAAUGCGCGACGUGGGUCUCGACGUGGUGCUAAAGUCCCUGAUCUGGCUGAAGAAGUUAAAGAGGAGCGUGCGCUGGAAGCUGGAGCGCGCGUUCGGCAAGAUGCCGCUGACGGUGGAGGAGGAGUGGUGGCGGAACCCGGACGGCCCGGACUGGCUGUGGUGGCUGGUGGCCAGUCUGCCUCUCGCGCCUGAGCUGCAGAGCAUGAUGAUCGCGAGCAGCAACCUGCUGACGCGGCUGCGGGUCAUGCAGCGCACGCUGCAGCUGGUCACCAAGAUGCCCGCCACCAGCCCCUUCGCCUACUCCCCGCUGCGAGACGACGCGCAGUAGGUGCCCGUGCCACGCUGGCCGGCCCAGCGCUCGCCCGGCGCUACAAAAUACGCAGGGUUAUAAUUGUGAUUGUUACUACUCACUGCAUACGGCACUCGCUGAUCUAAUAAUAAUAAGUAUAAUAACAUUCCAUGCAAUGCACCGACAUCAAUUAAAUAUUAUUCCUUACAUGUGAAGUGUUCUAUGCGUGGUUUCUGUUAUUGAGUCAUACGAGUAGUGUUCACCUAUUCCAAUCUCUACAUCUUUCAGUGAUUGUAGUAUUGUGAAUACGUGUUAAAUGUUAAUUGUGCCUCAAUAUAAACUGUUCGUUACGAUAUUCAGGGUGACACUUCUUGUUAGUAUUUCCAUCGUAAGACUGUUUAUAGGUAAGGUUUACUGUUAAGUUUUGAUUCAUAGGUAAAGCCAUGAAAGAGAACGAAACUAUUUUUGGUUUAUUUAGUUUAAAACACGAGUUGUUGAUUAUUGAUUGCAUUUAAUGCCUAUGUUUGUUUCCUUUAUGUAAGAAGUUGUAUUUUAUUGAAGUUAUAAUUUUAUUUGUAUAAAUAAUAUAAAUGCAUAAUUUCUCUCGUAAUUCCAUUUAUACUAUCAUAACUACUAAUGUGUUAAGUCUCUUGUUUAAAUUUGUAUUCUUUGUAGCGUGAUUGCCAUUUAAAACACUGGUGUGUAGAGUUUAGUGUAUUAUUGCCUUAUAUCUUUUAAGUGUAAUUCUAUCUACCAAGUUGGUCUAUAGAAGGCUAACCAAACGGUACCUGAUGAAGCUUAAACAACAAUAGAAACAACACCAUAUAAAACGUGACCAAAAUGUACCAGGGUGUCAAAUUUAGAGUGAAGAACUUUGUAUAAGUAAUAACAUUUUUAAUAAUAUUAUAUAGAGAUUUGCAAAACUUAUUUCUGGUCAAACCAUUGAUUGGUUUGGCAUAUCGUCCAUACAGUUUCAAGCUAAAAUAGUGCCCUAUGUUUGGUCAAUCCAUACAUGUAGCAAUAUAAAUAAUGGCAAUUACUAAAAUGCAUUACACCUCGUGUUACUUGAGAGAAUGAGCCCUAUUAAUAUAAAUGAGUGAUGUCUAUAUAGUAGUGGUUGUAGGAAUAGUGUGUAUGUGUGUGUGUGUGUGUGUGUGUGUAUGUAUUCUAUCCAUUUUAGUAUUUUACCGCGCUAAAGCGCUAGACCACUAGGUUUCGGGCAGGACUCGAAAACUGAAUUUUUCUAACAGUGCAUAUUGAUCCUGAUAUUAUCUGCAGAAAAACUAGUACCUGACUGCUGAACAGUUUUUAUCUCGACCGGUUUUAUUGGUAUAUAUGCAAUUAACUUCUUACACCUAAUUUAAUAUAACCUCUAGCCGCCCAUUCGUCAAACCUUGCCAAGCAAAAUGAAACUUUGAUUUAGUCAAUCCAAAGUUCAAAUUAGAAUGGAACAGGAGACCUUUUUUAUAGGUCUCUGGGCGGCUAGAGGAUAAAAUAGAUUAGGGACCAUAGAGCUCACUGUGGGACUUAGUAAAAUCAGAUGUAAUUCAAUGAUAUUAAAAGUGAAGGUUACAUUAAUUUAACCGUUAGGGAAGGCAAUUUCACCAAACCAUAAGGAGGUAAUUGUAAUGAAUAUUCCCAGUUAACUCAUAAUAUCAUUGAUUCAAGUGGGUCAUUUGAUAGGUCGAUUUUCAAAAACCACAUUUUAUUCUUCGCUAAAUUGUUACUGGAGUAAAACAAAUAGAUUUUGUAUAUAUAUCGGUAAAAAGCUGGUUGCAAUAUUCGUGUUAAAGCGUCAACUUUGAUCUCAAUGCUCAACAGAUCUUUCUGUGGCUAAUCUCGGAACAUGUUUAGAUUGUUUAGUGGUUAUUUUAAUGAUUAGUACUCGUAGCAUACUACUAGGAGUUCAACAAAGCUGAUGA